GAGCCAUUCUGGCAGUGCCCAAGCCUCAAAUUUAUUCUCCUCUUCUUCCCUUUUGCAGGCCGUUGGCAUCCCUGGCGGAUCUCCCGGGACCACACCCGCCAUCUCCACUCCGGUCACAGGGCACAAGCGCAUGGUCAUUCCCAACCAGCCCCCCUUGACCGCCACCAAAAAGUCAGCCACCCCCAAGCCUGGCGCCCAGCCCAUCCCGGUGACGCCCGUCGGAACUCUGAAACCUCAGCCCGUUCCGGCACCCUACACUACGGCCGCCACCCCCACCCGCCCCCCGUUCAACGUGCAGGUCAAAUCCGCUCAUCCUGCCCCCCACUUCCCGCCCUCGCCCCCCCAGUAUGGGAGCCUGGCCCCCCAGCCUGCUUCUUCCAUGGGGCCCUAUGUGCCGGCACCUCCUCGAGCACCCGAUUACGUUUACGUGCCCCCACCAGCGAUGGGUUAUGGCUCCACACCACUGCCGGGCCGCCAGCCAGAACCGGGCUACGCUGGGAGCUCCCCCCAAAGAGGCUGGGAGGCAGCCGAGCCUUCCUAUGGGCCCCCUGGGAGCGCUUGGAAGCCGGAGCCAGCGUACCCUCCAGCCGUGGGGCAGUACCCGUCCUCUGGGGCCAGGAAGACCUACGGGUACGAGCCAGCGCCAGCCACCCAGCUGCCCACAUUGCAACCCAAGGUAAGAAGAGCCCAGGAGAGAUUUGAAUAGGGACGCAAAGUUUACAGAGUUUGGGCUGUCAUCUGUCA